AGAUAAAAUAGAUUAAAGAAGUGCAUUGGAUGAUGUGCAAAAAUGAAAGUGGACAAAAACUAGGGGACAGAGGGAGUAUUUUGUUUGAUUUGGAGUCAAAGUUUACUAAUUUGAUAAAAAAAAUCAAAAGUGGACAAAUACUCCGGAGUACUUCUUGUCAAAUUCGACCCUCCGGGACACUGACCAUUGCCUUGAUCGAUUUUCUUCAAAUUGGAAGGCAAUCUUGUUGGGGUAGAAGAUAAUCAUGGGAGAUUAACAAAACUUGCUACAAAGUGUAGUGCGAUGGUGAUGAAAACACAGAGAUGCGUUGAUGAUGCACCAUCAUCGGAGUGUCAGUGCAUUUGCACUGUUGUUAGCAAUGCAGAGGGUCAAAGUUGAGCAACGCAUGGGUGCAGUGCAAGAGCAAAUAUGGAGAACGAAAGCACAACUCUGACGAGUAGCACUAUCUUGGAGGGACUCAAAACAAAUGUGUAAAAGAAAAUGGAUGAUUACACUGAGUACAAAAGAUUUUUGGGAGUCGGAAGCAUCAAAGUCUGGCUUCUGUGGUAGGCGAGGAUGCAUUGGGGGAGCCGCUGUCCAUUUGGCGUUGAUGCGGGAGGGAUUCCCUCAUCCGAGCUAGACACCAUCUUUUUGGUGGUUGGCAACGAUGGUGGCGGCAGAGGCGGCGGCGGCAAGGGAUCGACGGCAGAGGCGACGGCGGCAAGGGAUCGACGGCGGAGGCGGCGGCGGCAAGGGAUAGAUGCUGGCGGCCAAGAAAGAAAGGAGAGAGAAAAAUAGAGACCUCGGGAGGGAUUCCCUUUCUUGCUCGCCGCCACACAUCUUCUCGCCGGUGCAACUCCAUCCGCCACAGCCUGGUUUGAGAAAAUCAAAACCAACUACAUCCCAGAAAAAAAAUGGAGAUUCGAUUUCAAGAAAUAGCUUGACCCCUUUUUUUGUCCACUCCCAUUCAACACGUUCAUUUCCACAUGUUUCAAGCAACACACAAGUGGGAUCUUCUAGAGGAGUACAUCCUUGAGUGAUUCACGCGAUGCGUUGCUACGGAUUUUGCUAGAAUUUUGGAUUUCCCAAAAAAAGGUAUUUAUAUUCGUGUUUUUGAGAUGGAAUGAAACACAGUCCUGUGCUUUGCUUCCAGGUUCACUUUCAAAUGCUCUAAUUUCCAAGAUCGUUGUUAAGGUAAGUACUACUUCUUCACAAAAUAGUUCUUCACAGAAAUCAUUGUUAAGAAUUCAAAUAAGAUAUUNGCCGAAUUAUAUAUGAAGGGGAAAGUGGGGGGGAAACACACAAUACAAUUAAUGGGACAUAAGGAAGCUUCCUAGCAAAUAUUCAUCAGCCCCUCAUGUCUUCUAGGUAGGGAGAAAAUUCAGAGAUGAUGUGUGGCUGUGGAGCUCCCUUCUCGGCCUUUAGUGCAUGGGAAAUAUUUAUGUGAAUAAUACCCAUACUUUGAUUGGUUUUUUGGGUGAUGUAUUCUCGGCCAAGUGGGGGUAAAAGAGAGGGAAGGCUGGCUGUUCUUUUGGAGGUAUCUCUUGGGUGUUUAUGUAGAGAAUAAGAGAGAGUUGAUUGAGUUAGUGGUGGGCCAGGGCUGUGCAGCUUUGUUGGGGAACAAAAAGGGGGGACAGGG